AUGACUGAAGUAAAAGUGGAACCUCAUAAUGAGGAGAAAACUGAACAUGACAUUCAGGAGAGAUCAAAUGCCAACAUUGUGUCCAACGUUAAAACAGAAGUAAAGUCUAGAAUCAAGAAAGGAACAGAAGCUGCUGUGAAAACGUGGAGGCAAAACAAGAUAGCAAGCUCAAAACAGAAGUCAAUUUUAAGGAUGGAAAUAGAAGAUUACUCUAUGCCACCGAUGAUCUGUAAAAUUCAGUCCACUGAGUUGGAAAUCUUUACAGAGGAUGAUGAACUAAUUUACAUAUUAACCAACUCUGAAAGUGAAAUUCUGGUACCUGAUAAUGAAGACUUACUGGCUAAAGUUGACUUUGUCUUUGUGACAAACAAAUCAGAUACUGGCAUUGAUAGACAUGAAAUGGAGAGGAUAUGUUACCUGAAAAAGUUGAAAGAGAUAGGCUUCAAUAUAAUGGAAUAUACUUUAACUGAGAGAUUGUAUUUUGGAGAGCGUCUUGCCUUGUAUUUUGCAUGGCUUGGUUGGUACACUACCAUGCUGAUUCCUGCCGCCAUAUGUGGAGUCAUAGUCUUUUUAUAUGGAUUAUUCUAUUUUGGAGAUAGCCAAGUGAGUAGGGAAAUCUGCAAUGCCCACACAAUAAUCAUGUGCCCAAGAUGUGAUCAGACGUGUCCAUUGUGGAAGCUUUCCGAUACAUGCUUCUAUGCAAAGAUUACACAACUGUUUGAUCAAGAAAUAACAGUUUUCUUUGCUAUGUUUAUGGGAAUCUGGGCCACUGUGUUUUUGGAGCUGUGGAAACGAACCCGAAUAAAAGUUGUCAGCGAGUGGGAUUUGUUCCACUGGGAUGAGGAUGAGGAGGAACUUGCUCUUGGGCUAAUAUAUGACCCUGAUGUGCCACCGACACAGUACCGCUAUUCGUACCUGCGAGCCACAAUAGUCCUCAUGCUGGGAUUUCUCCUGAUUGCCAUUAUAAUCAGUAUCGCGCUUGGCAUUGUGAUAUUCCGAAUUGUGAUGAAUGUUAUACUAACAAAAACAUCAGUGGCUUUUGUACAUGAAUAUGCCAGUUCGUUGGCUGUAAUAAUUAGUGCUGUGAUGCACUUCUUGACAAUUAUAAUCAUGACUAAGGUCAAUUAUGUAGUUGCAAGGAAGCUGUGUGCGCUAGAAAGGACACGUACUGUGUUAGCCCGAGAAAACAGCUUCACUGUAAAAAUGUUCACAUUCCAGUUCUUCACAAUGUUUACUUCUAUUGUUUACAUCGCUUUUUUUCUGGGAAGGAUCAAUGGACAUCCAGGUAAUUAUAUGAGAGUAGCUAACAAAUGGCGAUUAGAAGAGUGCCAUCCAAGCGGCUGCAUGGCGGAUCUCUUAAUUCAAAUGUCUAUUGUUAUGGUGUUGAAACAAUUGCUAAGCACGACCGUGGAAUAUGCUGUUCCAAUCUUGAAAAGUAAGUGGAGGAAGAAAUCGAUGCUCUCAACAAAGAAAGUAGAGGACGUAUCUGAACACUGGAUCAAAAAUUACAGUUUAAGUGAAUUCAAUUCUUACUCAUUUUUCAAUGAGUUUUUAGAAAUGACAAUUCAGUAUGGUUUUACCACAAUAUUUGUUGCAGCAUUCCCCUUGGCUCCAUUACUUGCAUUUUUAAAUAACAUAUUUGAAAUUCGUUUGGAUGCCAAAAAGAUGGUUUGGCUUCUCAGGCGACCGAUACCGCGAAAAGCAAAAGAUAUCGGAAUAUGGCUGGACAUUCUGGAAACAAUUGGUGUUCUUGCUAUUAUUGGAAAUGGGUUGGUAAUUUCCAUCACAUCAGAUUUCAUCCCUCGACAAGUGUACAAGUACCGUUAUGGUUACUGUGCAGAUCAAAAAAAAAACAACACUGACUGUCUCACUGGGUAUGUUAAUAACAGCCUCUCCGUAUUCUACUUGAAGGAUUUUGAUAAUAAUAUUAUUCCUUCGGAUUAUGGAUCAGGGUUAUUAGGAUUUUCAGUAACCCACUGCAGGUAUCGUGACUACAGAAAUGAAUACAACUAUGAGCAUACUGGUCAAUUCUGGCAAAUUUUUGCUGCUCGUUUGGCCUUCCUGCUCUUAUUUGAGAAUAUUGCCAUUUGCAUCAAGUACCUUGCAUCUUGGUUUAUCCCUGAAGUGCCAGUAUCAGUCCGAAAUCAAAAUCUGACAAAUACAAAUAACCGAUUAAAGGAGGAGCUCAGGAUAUUAGCAGAAAGAAGUCCAGCGGCUUCAUACAUUAAUACGGGGCAUCAUCAGUUAACUUUAUGA